GAUGGAUCGCCUGUCUUCAUGUGCCGUGACGCCAGCUACUGCAGUUCCGAGUGCCGGCGCCGCGGCCGCUCCCUGCGGCUGGAGACGAUGGGCGAGAUGUGCAGGCAGGUGUCUUCGUCCAACGCGAGCACCUGGUCCACGAUGGUGUCGGAGACCUGCAGCGCUAGCUCCGCGCCGUCCUCGCAGGCGCCGCCGGCGCCGAUGGGGCGCGGCAUCCUGGGCUGGAUCCUCGGGGAGGGCCUGCGGAAGCUCGCCUCCAUGGUCAAGGCCGGCGAGCUCGUCCGGGCGGCCUCCUUGGAAUCGCUGGCCACCCCUCGUGACGUCCGACUGGGUGGUCAUUCGCCGCGCGGCAGGCCCCGGCUCGACUCGGUGGAGCGGCUGGACUCGGUGGAGCGGCUGCUUGGCAGGAGG